AUGUCUCAAACCAACUACAACAAAGAUACCCACUCGACUUUCAUCUCCCUUUCAACUCACCGUCUCUUUCUCUCCAUCUCCGGCCCCGAUCGCACCCCAGACCAACCCAUCGUCCUCAUUUUCCCCGGUGUCGGAACCAGCAUCAAAGAAUGGGCUGCGGUGAAACGACUUCUUGAACAGACCGUUCGAACUCUUUUUUAUGAGAGAGCAGGAUAUGGAGAAUCAGAUGAAUCGCCGAAUCCUCCGACUGCUAUCAAUAUCGCGAUGGAGUUGGACGAACUGCUGACGGUGGCGGAUAUUCAGCCCCCGUAUGUGAUUGUCUGUCAUUCGUAUGGAGGCAUCACGGCCAGAGAGUUUAUUCAUCUCAGGCAGCAAAGGGGUGGUUCGGAUGAUAUUAUUGGGAUGGUUCUUGUUGAUGCGAAUCAAGAACAAAGCAUUGCCAACUGGCCAAGUCCUGUUCUUGAUCCUCUGGCACAGGGGCUGGAUUUCAAUGCUGCCCUUGGAUUACCAGAGACACGAAGACUUACUGACGAUGAGUGGGCUGCUAUGCUGAAAGAAAAUCAAAGCGAAAGACAUCAGAAAACUUCUGGAAAGGAAAUGGAACACUACAUCGACAGCUGCAAGGAACUGGGCACAAAGAAACAAUUGAAUCGGAAUCCCCCGCUGCUUGGGAACCAUCCUGUGGUUGUCUUGAUGGGAAAUGCAGCGAGCGACCACUGGAAGGUGUACAAUGCUGGGAUUGCGAUUGGAAAUGGAACUGAGCAGGAGAGAGCGGAUUAUCGGCAGAAGAUGGAGGAAUAUCCAGUGUUGGACGAAAAGUUUCAACGAGAGACGCUGAGUUUGUCGACGAGGUCUGUAUUUCGAUGGGCAGUGAAUAGUGGCCAUUGGGUGCAUGUGACAGAGCCAGAGAGGAUUGUCGAUGAGGUUAUCUCCGUCUUGACUGCAUGA